AUGACCUCGACUUCCAGCAAUGCAGAGGUUCAUUAUAGUCCUUGUUACUUCACUUGUUCUCAAGCUCGGGCUGCUCUUCCGACUACAAGUACACAAGAAACCAAAGAACUUAAUUUAUUCAAAGUUCGCUUGCUUGCAAAAGAACUUGUUUUAGUCAAAAAUCGCUUGCUUGCAUUACCUCAAGAAGAACCAGACGAAUAUAGAGGAUCAAGGGAACUCAUUUUAAGUAAAAAUGUAUCACUUGAUGCCUAUUUAAAAUAUCAUGAACAUGACCCGAAUCUUCCAGUACUCAUAUACUUAGACAAUGGAACAAUCAAAGCGUAUGAAUUACCUACUCUUCCUCAUGCAACUGCAUCAGCAACCAUAAAAGUUGCAAUGGGUGCAUGGAAUCGUUGGGAUUUGAAGUACGGAGAUAAUGCAACUCUGAUUCUAGGUACAAAUAGUUCGAAAGAGCCAAAUUCGUGGGUUCGUCCAAAAAAUCGUAUUAGGCCAAGACCUGGUAUGCCAGCAGCAAAUAACCUAGGAGCAGCAUACUCUACGAUGAUAAUUGAAGUUGGUUACUGCCAGAGUCUUCCCGAUCUUCAUAGAAAAGUGGAACUAUAUUUUUCUCAACGAACCACCAUCCAAAUCGUAUUGUUUAUCAAGAUUUUUAAGCCUAGAAGAAACAAUACUAUUACAUUAAUUGCGGCAAAAUACGUUCGUACAAACCUGACUCCACUGAUUCCAGAACAAGUUAUCUCAUUUGGUACAGCAGCUCCACAUAAGGCAACUAAAGAUUAUAUUACCAAUAUCAUGCGAGUACCUCAGAAUCACUUUAUUGGAUUUGGCAGAAGAGACCCAGUUACUGAAAACAGCUACCCUGCUUGUAACAUGGCUGGUAUUGGGAUAUAUAUCAUGAAUAUCCCAGCAAAUGAACUCUUUGAUGGAGAUAUUACCAUUCGACCUUUUACUCAAGAAAUGAAUCAAGGAUUUAAUUUGGAUCUUUAUGAGAUUCAUGAAGCAAUAGUUGAUGAAUUUAACGUUUAA